AUGUAUUUGCCAUUAUUCCAAAAAACACCUGUGAGUGUAUUCGUGUUUAAUAAUGUUGAGAAUGCAGAGAAAUUGCAUCAAGAACUCAUUGGCCAAAAUCCUGCUUACGAUUAUGCCUUCAUUGACGCUUCUAGUAUUGUAUCUGUAAAGCAGAUUUAUAGUGCUACUAUGCGUGCUCUGCAAGCUCAAGCGGAUGGACAGAUGAAAUCAAAAACGUUGCACAUGGAAGUCAUUUUGUCUCUUUGUCCUAAAACAGAGAUUUCCACAGCUCUACGACAAUUCGGCAUGAGUAAAAAGUCCAAAAAGAUUGUAGCUUUGAGAAUCAACGGUGCUCCUUCAGAGGAAGAGGAAUUGGCACAUGUGCUAAAAAUAGUCCAAGGCACACAUCUUCCUUUUAGCGACGAGACAUUUCAAAAGCUAGCUGACAUGAAGGUGGUAAAGAAGAACUAUAAGCUAGAUGUAGCCUCUAUGCAGAACCCGACAGCCGCAAUUUUAUCUGCUAUUGCUUUGCGAGGUUACUCUUAG